GUGUGUCUGCGUGUCCGUGUGUACGUUUGCAUGGUUCUUGCAGGGUUCUCCACACACUGGAUUCACCCCAGAUUGGGAUUCACCGCCCUGUGCACUGCGACAGCACUCCAGCCACUGACCCACGUCAACGAGCGACACCCCCGUCGGCACUGAGGCGUGCGGGAGCCCUUUGCCACCUGCACUUUCUGCGUGAGAGAUAUGCCGCGGCUCUGUGCAGCAGACACGACGGCUGGCGGCCGCGUUCUCGUCGAGGACGCAUUGGCGUCCGUUCGUUCGAAUCGCCACCGAGAGCCGGUAUGCAUUGCGACAAUAAAGACAUGUACAGGAUUGAAUGCUGUUUCCAUGCCUGACUUUUGUGGUUCGUGCAGGUGCGUCGGCGGCUGACUGAGCAGCAGGGGGAGGAGGUCAUAUUGCACUGCAGGGUAUGAUCCAUGCGCCGCAUGAUGACGACGGCAUGUGUGUAAGGUUCGGGAAUGAAUGCGUUGAGAUGGUCUGUGUGUACAGGAGGAGGUGGUCCAAGCUGUGCGGAGCGCCAACCUGCUCGUUGACACGAGCGUCUCGAUGCGAGAGGGGCUCCAAGGCUGCGCAGAGGUCUUAUUCAACCAAACCACCCACAGCCACAUCGCCUACAAGGUGUUCAAGACUUACGAAACCGACGAGCCCAGGGUACGUGAGGGUCACGGUGGGGCUGGCGGCAUGCGUGGGUGUCACAAGAAUGUGUGUGUAUGUGUGUGCGGGUCGCAGGACGCUGAGGGGUUUGUGAGGAAUGGGUGGGACAUCUCAGCGGCAGCAGGUGUGAGCCACGAGAACGUGGUCAGCGCCCCUCACAUUCUCAAGGUCCGCACCCCCUACGCGACCGUCAAGGCGAUAGUCAUGCACUACUGCAAUGGUAUGCACGAGUCGAGACAUGCACCAGUGCCCGCGUAUCCAUGAAUUCGGACAUUGUUGCGAAUGCCUCUCUCCUUCAUGUAGGCGGCACCCUUGCAGACCGAGAGUUCGUACUAGUGCCACUGCUGCGGCAAGCGCUGGCCGCCCUCAAGCACCUGCACGAGAAAGGCAUCGCCCACACUGAUGUUCUGGUACGGAUGGAUGAAUGUGUGGAUGGGAUUUACUCAUUCUGUAUGUGUCCGUUCAUCUAUUCAUCCAGGGGUCCAGGGAGUGCCCUGGGGGCAAUCUGGGUAUAGUCAUGGACGCCGCCACCAGACAGGCCCGCCUGGUGCUGCUUGACCUCGACCGCGCAGAAAGACACGACCCCACAGCCAAAGACUUUGUAAGAGACAUGUCUUCCUCAAGGCAGGCAGCUAGCGACGGCACUUCGAAUCGCUCAUGCGCCGUGCUCUUCCUCUGCUUGUCUAUUGUGCAGGCGGCCGAGGCUCAAGGAGACUGCGAGGACCUGGGCACCGUAUUCGACCACCUGUUGGGCGAGACGAGGGUCAGACGCACAUGCCUACACCCACAAAUCAAUUGCACUCACGGCUCAUUCUGGGGUUGACAUGCAGUCACUCGUAUGCGCCGAGAUUGUCAGGAGGCUGGAGAACGGACUAUACAGCGCCAAGAAGGUGAGAAGGAAGUACAUCUCUCACGUCUCUCCUGUCGUUUUUACUCUUCUCGUGUCUGGUUUCUUCAGGCGUUGGACGAUCUCGAGAGGAGGUGGACCCCCCGGCACGGCCACAAGGCCGCACAGCCGAGGCCGGCAAAGUCGCAGCAGAAGCCAAGCCACCUGAAGCCGCUUACAGUGGCGCCCUCCUCGACCCACACACACGGUGCCCGCCAGUGGGUGGGGCACUUGGUGGGUAGGGCGACGGCGGCCAUCCCAUCACACGAGGAGCUCAAGCGACGGGAGGACCGCACCUGGCGCGGCACGUGGAGGGGCGGCAGAGUCGCGGGAGCCAGACUAAAGGUUGACACGGGGCGUGGUGGUGUGGCGGCGGUGGCGGCUGUUGUUGCCGCUGCUGGUGGUGCGGCUCCAGCACCCCCACCACAGACACGGGCGGGAGGGGACCAUUGGACAUGCAAGGUGGCAGACAAGGGAUGUGAAGGGACUCGAGCGGGGGUGGAAGAAAUACUUCUGAUUGAAGACGCCAAUUGAAGUCAUCUAGACCAAGGUACGAAAGGCAGACAUUACAGAAGGACACAGUCCUGGAGGCACACACUGCGCCACACAGCUGUGUGUGGGUAUGGCUGACAGUGUGUCUCCAUGCAUGGCUGCGUCUAUUUUUCUGUGCCAGAUGAGUUCGUUGGAGACAUUGCAUCAGAUGCGCUGCAUCCACCGAGACCAGAGCCUGAAAAACUGUAAGGAAGGAUCAGAUGCGAAUGGAAACACCUUUGUGGAUGUCUUGUAUUUGCAAUGGACUCAUUGGCUCAGUGAUCGUCGGCCCGAGGGAUCCGCAGGCCCUCGGCGUGUACGUGGUGGAUUACACACGGUCCUUCCGGGCGGGGAUACAGGACCACGGGGCUCGGUUUGUCGGCCGACAGAGCACCAUGAAGGGCACGUUGCUGUAUGCGGGCGAGUGGUCGGUGAAGAGCAUCGAGACUUCUUACCGGUCAGUGUCCGUCCCUGUGUGUGUGUGUGAUUGGUUUUGGGGGUCAUGGAUGUGUGUGUGUGUGAUUGCAGUGACGACCUGAUGACGUGUUUCUGGGCGCUGGUGCAUGUGAUGGAUCAAAUUACAUCGAGGGAGCCGGGGACGCCGCCGACGGUCUCUGCGGCAUGGGGGGCGACGGGCCGAAGAUGCGGGCGGCCACACGACGACUCAUCGACACCCGACGAAUUAACUUCCCCAAGUGGCUGCGCAAACGCGCGGCAGACCUCCCAAGUGAGCCAAAAACCUGGUGUCUCUCUUGGGUUUGCCUUGCGCCUAUAUAUAAAUGUGUGUGGUCACCUGCUCGCAGGUUCCAUUCGGAUGGCAUUUGAGGAUGGCAUGCUGGACCUGUACGACACUCUCACUGGUCUGCCCUUUGGAGCCCUGACGGCCAGCACGUAUGACAAAAUCUUCGGCCACAUCGACGCCACAAUUCGCCUGUGAGUGGCCGAAACACACAGCGGGCGUGGGGCACCGAUGUACAGUGGCAGGCAUUUGUUAUCUACGUACAUGUGUGCAGGUUUGAGAGUCUGCCCCGCCAGUGCUCCUUCGGAGACGUUGCACAGAAUGGGAUAUGUUCGAGACCAGGGCCUCAACAAGUGUAAAGAAAAGAUGAUACCGACUGUCUCAAUGGGUAAGCGACAUGGUGAGCGAAUCGAUGUUAUGUCGUUGUACUUUUAUGAUGGUGUGCUGUCAACUGCAGAGCGUCGAGUUCCAUCGUUGUCUGCAUUUUAUAUCCUGUCGUCCGUGACACAUUGAUCCAGUGCUCCCUGUUGUGUCUCUUCACUAGCGAUGGAAACCUCCGGAUGACACAGUAGAGUCGACGCUGUUCGCCGACGACAUUUGCUGGCUGCUCAAGUCGAUCUUGAAGGGCGUAUAUUGUUUCGCAUGGGGCACGGAGCCAAAGGACGAGAAGUCAUCGAGUGUUGCUGAGGUGCUCUCAAACUGCCUCAUCUCGGUCAAAUGGGGUCAAUGUGCCAGCGAGUGUUCCUGGGGUGCUCAUGCAGUGCCUCAUCUCGGUCAAGAAGUCGAUAAUUCUGCUUGUGGGCGGCGGCCUCAUCUACUUCACCUCUCGCGCCCACCUGGGAGAACAACUCAAGCACGUGCUCAACUAUUACCUUAACGCAA